UAUGAUGAAUUACAGCUAAGGUGGCCCUGAAGGAAUCCUGGUGACUAAUUUUAGAGUGGCCCACAGCAUUGGAAAAAGAAACGUAAUCUUUGAUAAACCAAUGAGUCAAUUCCAACUGAAUUAUAUAAAGAGCCUUACACAGUCUGUUUUGGAUUGAUGUGUACUGUGGUCCUUUGCCUGUUUCUGUUGCUCGGAUACUGAGGAACUGCUUGACACUCAUACUUUCAAGGACUUGAAGAGAAAGCAGGGAAAACCAGAAGAUGGGUGGCUUGAAAUAACUUACAAUUGUAGACUUUUGGUAAAUAUUUCUAUAUUAAAAGUAGCUUUUAUAUUGUGUUCACUACUAAAGAGCACAGUAGGUCAUGGUUCAAAAUGUUUCCAGAAAAAACAUCAAUGAAUUUGUUUUUACAGGAUUUGACACUAUAGAAAAACCAGUGGCUGUUGGUAUUGUCAUACUUACUGUAUACAUUCUUGUAAUGCUUGCUAACUUGGCAAACAUAUGCUUUAUAGUCAUUGAUAAACGUCUACAUCAGCCAAUGUAUGUCUUCAUCUGCAAUUUAGCAAUUGUAGACAUGCUGUACUGUACAUGUUCAUGUCCAACUAUGAUAGGCAUCCUUAUAGUUGGCUAUAAAACCAUAUCUUAUGUACCAUGCAUCUUACAGAUGUAUGGUUUUGGUUUAGGUUUUGUGAUGGAGGUGUUUACAAUUUCUGUCAUGGCUUUUGACCGAUUAAUUGCCAUAAUCAAGCCACUGCGCUACCAUUCAAUUCUGACAAAUGUACAUUCUGUUAUUCUCACUUUCUUGCUGUGGAUCCUGGGUUCUGCUGCAAUAGCAAUUGUUCCUGGUACUGUGGUUCCUUUACCAUUAUGCUCCUCAACUAUAAAGUAUGUUUUUUGUGAUUAUGCAGCUGUUGUCAGAGCCACUUGUGUAGAUCCAAACCCAUAUUUUGAUUUGAUAUCAAGUUUCACCUCUUUCCUGAUGUUUGGAACAUUCAGUUUCAUUUGUUUAUCUUAUCUUAAAAUAGUUAUUGUUGUUGUCAAAAUGACCUCAAAAGGUAGCAAGAAAAAAGUGUUUCAUACUUGUUUAAGUCAUUUAGUAGUGAUAAUCUGCUAUUAUGGACCUACAUUCAUUCUAGCAGUCCUGACCAGACUUGGGGUAGUUUUAUCACUUGAGGAAAGAAAUGGUCUGAGAGCUGGGACAAUUCUUGGUCCUUCAUUAGUAAAUCCCUUUAUAUAUUGUUUUAGAACUAAAGAGAUUAAAAAUAAAAUAUUAAGAAUUGUGUCAAAAGUUGAACCAACUGAAUAAAACUUUUUUUUGGACUUUUUUGUGUAUAGUGU